AUGAGUUUCCAAGUUCCGCCAGAUUUCAAGGAAGAUAAGCAGCUGUUCCUUGAUGUGGGUGAUUCUGAAAACACAGAUGUGUUUCUGCUGAGAGUCCCAAAGGGGUUUGAUAUAACAAGGCUGGAUGGAGUUGAGUUUUCUAACAAUGAAAUUAAAGAAAUAGGGGUGGAAGAAGGAGCAAAUCAGCUGACUUGUGUGUAUGAGUUAGGUGCUUUCUGUGGAAAGGGUCUAGAUUUAUCAGCACUGAUUAAAUCUGGUCAGACAGUUGCAUUAGGAUCCCCGAUUUCAGAAUUUGUGGCUGUAAAUAAGUCCUACAGAAGUAAUGUGGUGAGCCCACCUUCCAGUCAGAAAGGAGAAGCCAGUACAAGUGUACCUAUGCCUGAUGGAUUGAGAGUCAGAUUUACACCAUUUGGUGCUGGUACUCCCUUCAGACAUACAUCGGGUGUCAAGAAGAAAAAGAAGAGGAAGCGGAAACAUUCUGAUAAUACUUUGACUGAGGUAUCUACACCUGAUAUAUUGCACAUGCACAAGAGGAGGAAACUUGAAACUGAGGCUGAUUCCCCACAGCAUGAGCAUAGACACAAGAAACACAAGCAUAAAAAGAAAGAAAGAUGA